CCUUAACCUUUCUGAUGAAAUCUCCCCUUGUUUGCGCUGGGCUUUUCUCUGCUAGCCUUGAGGAAGAGAAGGAAAAGGAGGAACAGGAGAAACCACCGCUGGGUCUAUUGGCAAAUAACAACUGUUUCAAUAACAAGCAAUUAUUCGCUGAUUUGUUGUUUUUCUUUGAAUGAGACAUUCCAUCGAGUUGUAAAAGAAACGCUUGUUUAAUUCGUUAAAGCGCCAACUCAGCUUCACGUUCAAGCGCUCUUAUCGGAAGAGGAGGAUCUUCACCAGCGACAGAUCUAGCUUCAGUAUCGACUUCAAAACCAAGAUGGCUUGUAUAUCGACGUCCGAUUUGGGAAGUAUGGAUUGUGUCAGCUCGAUCUUCAUCAUUCAGUCGUCCUCUCUCUUCUCUCCCGUUCUCAGUGAGUGUGCGUGUUUGAUGAAUCCUCAGUGUACAGCUGCUGUUAAUAGGAACAUGGCGAAUGCCGGGGACAAUAUGGGCGCCGACUGCCUUCACUGCUGCUGGGUCGCAUGGAGAGUUAACCGGCAACAUGUCGUUGCCGUUUAAACACUAUGGACACUUUGGGGAUUUGACUAUAUUAAACACGGACAGUAUUCUGAACUGCGACACUUUGUCGUUGACUUUGCUAGUUCUUCAGUAGCUAAUAUUUAGCAGCACGUGAAAUUGUAAGGUUUCCGACUCGUUUGCUAGCUAACGCUAGCAGCUGGAGCUGUAACUGUAACUCUGACACAAGUAUUAUUAGUAUUUUUGGGUAAUUUAACUAGUUAGCGUCUAAAGUCUUAAUGAACAUUUUUAAGUUAACUGUUAAGCUAGGCUUGUCAGAACAGGAGAGAACACCUCCCACCGCGGAAAAAAAAACUUUACUAGCUCACAAGCUAAGUUACCAGAAACGUUAGUUGUUUUUUCUUCUUCUGUGCUUUAAAUUUCAUAACCCUAUUUAAUAUUUUGGAAAAUAUUAAUAUAUAAUAAUGUAUAGAAAUAUGAGCUCAGAGGAUCACUUCUCUAAGAGGGGUUCAGGGCCCACCACCACUGCUAGCCUUGAGGUGGGGAACGACAGCUGGGCUAGCUCGUGGAUUAGCAUGCUGUCAGCAGUGUCGAGGCCUGCGUGGUCGCUUCUUCAGAAAUAUCUGCCUGGAAGAACGCAGACUUGGUCCACCGAGGCAGGAAAAUCCAAUAUUGACUUUGGACACCAGCUAAUGGCAGGUCUUGAUAACCUCAUGCCUUCUGACCAGAGUUCCACUCACCUGCGAGUAGCUUAUGUUCACUGUCGGCAUGAAAACGGCGGGUUUCUCACUUCCGGCGAUGCAGAAACUCUGAGCUGGUUGACAGCAGACUCUCUGAGGGAAUUAGGGAUUCAGGAUGCCGUGAAUAUGAAUUCUAAGGCUCAACAAACAGCCCCGGUAGAAUACCGGUACCUUGCAUCCAUGAGGAAGUUUCUCAGCCAGGUUCUGGCACCAAAAGAAGGAAAGCACACUGAGCCCAUGCAGCCCAAGUUGGGUGUUUGGUACCCAAGUCCAACCACGAGAGCUACGCACACCUGGUGGUGGCAGGGACUUUGGAGCUCUGACGACCCUCGAAACACUCCUGCUUUGUACCAGACUAGAACAUCUGCUGAUGCUAAAACAAAGUCCAUGCAUUGUGGAGGGCACCACAGUAAUGGUCAUUGUGAACCGGAUUGCCAGGGGUCAGCUGUUGCAGCUGAUAUGCCGGUAGAACCGUUGGAACACAGCGAUGAGGCUGAAUGGACAUGCAGCGAAUGUGCUGGACCUUCACGCAUCAAAGAGUCAGCUGACCAUACAAGCGUUCACAUAACCAGGCUGGAGUUCCUUCCAAACUCGGACUGCCUUCCGUCAGCUCGUGAACACAGUGUUGUAGAGAAUCAGGUCGGUACCAGAGCUGCUGCCGCCUGCAGCGAGGUGGCAGUUCUGACCCCGGAUCAGGACAAUGGCUACUCUAGUUUGGAGGAAGAAAGUGCCAGUGCAAGGCAGUGUAGAAUGAAUGCUGGUUGUGAGUUGGUGGACCUUGAUAGUUCUGCUGCUUCUCAGGCUGGCGAUCAUGGACACGGAGGAGAGGAGGACAAAUCUGCAGGGAAUACUCAUUGCGAGAGGGUUGAGAACGAAGAGGGGAACGAGGAGGAGAAAGUGCAAAAUACUGAGCUGGAGAUUGUACAUGAGGUUUUGCCAGUUCAGUCCACCCCUCGCUGUCAGAAUAAGGCAAUCGCAUACAUCAUAGGCAGUCCCUGCAGCGACGACUCAGACAUGGAAGACAAUAGCGUUUGGGACAGUGAUGAUGACGACGACGGCUUUGACAGCGACGUCUUGGAUAGCUGUUCUGACUCCGAGGACCUAGAGGGUAGUGAUGAAGAGGACGAGGAGGACUCAGAAUCUGAGGAAGUUGACUCGGAGAACGAGAGAUUGUGGAAUUCAUUGUGCCAAACCAGGGACCCCUAUAACCCUCGCAACUUCACGGCUCCUAUUCAGACGUCCCGGAAACUCUGUGCAUCUGCGGUGAACUUGUCCCCUGUGGGAUCGCCAGUAAAGCCUGAUUCCCUUCUGUGUUCCUCCCAAUCAUCCCCUCCUGCACCUCUUGGAGGAACCCAGAAAGACAUGGAGUCCAGCGAAGAGGCCUGUUUAUCGAUGGACGAAGCUGAGAGCCUGAGACUUUGGAACUCCUUCACCUGCUCAUCGGAUCCCUACAGUCUCCUGAACUUUCAGGCGUCAAUCAGGACACUGCAGCCAGCCAGACAGCGCUGUAAGAAAGAGACAUCGGUUGAGCCUCUGCUCUAUAGGAAAGAGGAAGCGGAGGAGAGGAUGGACAGCGGAUUCUCGGAGGCAGCCACUGUCCAAAACCUCGGAAGUGCUGGAGUCGUCAGGCUGAAAAAGGUGACGUUCAUCGAGGAGGUGGAGGAGUUCUACGCCAGCAGUGACGAGGAGCGGCACGGUCCGUGGGAAGAAUAUGCCCGAGAUCGCUGUCGCUUCCAGCGUCGUGUUCAGGAGGUGGAGGAGAGCAUCAGUUACUGCCUGUCUCCCAGCUUCCGCCUUAACAUAUUUCAAAGACGCUAUCCUAGUAGCUGAUUAACAUUUUAAUUAUUUUUAUUUUAUUCCUUUUUUUUUUUUUUUUUUUUUUUGAUUGCACGAGACUAAAUUACAUACAUAUCGGGUCUAAUUCAGGGUGAAGAAGAGGUACGGAAAUGAGGGAAAAAAAAUGAAGGAAGGUAUAAAGACUCCCGCGUUGCCGUUUCUACAGUGUGUUAGGGUCUAACCUUUCACUUGAGUCAUACAUUAAAGAACUAUUGUUCUGUGGAGAGCUUCAUUGCAUUUCAGUAUGCAGUACUGCAGCUUCCUGAACACCACAAUGAAGUGAAAAAUGACUUUAUAUGAUGUCCACAAUGGUCUGCAAACAAAAAGGUCACAGCUUUGACAAAAAGGAAGGUUUCAAACAGCGUUGAAAUGUUGUGCAGCUAUUGUUCAUGUUAAAAGCCACUUAUGCACUAACUGCGACUCUGACUAAAUAGAUCCUAAAUUUAGCCUCUCAACUAUCGUAUUAGUGCAACAGUAUUCAAAUCUUGCCCUUUGUAGUGUUAGUUUCCUGUUGCCUUCAUGUACUAGCAGGAUUUUAUUUAGGCUGUGUUUAGAUGGGUGGGUGUCUUUUUGUCCGUCCGUCCCCCCCCCCCCCCCCCCCCCAUUGUAUAAUGGUUUAGACUUGACCAUUCAUGUCAAUACCAUCUUUGUUUUCCAUUAAUUGUUUCAUAAAAUGGAUAUUUUGAGUAUUUCUUAAUGUUAUACAUCUUGCGGGGUGGUAAGUGUUUUGUCCCUCGUGCCAAAAAAAAAGAGGAAAUCUUUUAAAAUUUGUAUUCUGCGUUGAACAUGUAUUCAAAAAAUUUUCCCUUUAUUGCAAAAGUAACGCUCCAGACAUGCCAAGUCUCUUCUGUUCCAGCAUGAGAAGGGGACAUUAAUAAACCUGGGUCAAAUGUCCCAACCCUUUCUAAAUGCAGCUGUAAAACCUGUUCACUAAUUAACCUUCAAGCCAAAGAUUGCACUUGAGUUGUGUAAAGAUCACUUGGUGGAAGCUCCAUGUUUGAGCACACAGCACAAAGCAGUAAUGUGGAUGAUGAACACGUGGUAUUUAUAGAGAUCAGCUAAACUGAAGGCAGUAUCUGUUCCUGCAUCUGAAGGCGGGCGGGUCGUCACGCUCCAUAUUUGCAUGGUCCUGUAUAAACGUACAGCCCUAGCUUUCAUUAUCUACUAAACCCGCUUGACUUUCUAGUGCUUGAGAAUCACUGUGGUGUGUAUCGUGUCUUAAACGAGAGGUCGUGUCCUUGUAGUCCCAAGUGGCUGGAUUUAUGUGUGUGACUAAAAAGAAAUGCAGGGAGCUUAAAUGCAUGAUGAUCUAUUGAAAUAAUAUGCUUGAUGUCAAAGCAUAGGGUUAAUCUGUAUAAUUAACAUGGAAGUGUUUUAUUUUUCUAAAACAUUUAGGAGUAUAGUUAUUCUGCAUAUAUUCUGGGUUUUGUCUUAAUCAGUUUAACAUGCAAAUAAACCUUAUUUAAAUUGA